CAAGCCGCUCUUCAUUCCUCUUCUGUCCCCUUUCAUCACUCUCUCUCAUCUCUUUCCACUCUUUCUUCUUCAUCGUCUUGGGUUCUAAUUCUCUCUCGGGGACUUCGUUUCCAUAUAUAUAUAUAUAUAUAUAUAUUUAUCUUCUUCAUCCAAAAGCUUCGCUCGCUGCAAAUACACAAAAUCCCCAAAGGAUGUUGCAAGAUAUGUGGAACGCCCCGCCUGGUUUUAGACCCACCAAAUCGGCUCCUACUUCACCAGCCAAGCCUCUCGGAGUUUCAAGAACUCGCUCCGAGUCCUUCCAUGUCACCCACAAAGUCCCAGUAGGCGAUACUCCUUAUGUCAGAGCCAAGAAUGUCCAGUUGGUGGAUAAGGAUCCAGAGAAGGCGGUUCCUUUGUUCUGGGCUGCCAUUAAUGCUGGGGAUAGAGUGGAUAGUGCUCUCAAGGACAUGGCCAUCGUGAUGAAGCAACAGAAUCGGGCUGAAGAAGCCAUUGAAGCCAUUAAAUCGCUAAGACAUCGGUGUUCAGAUCAAGCCCAAGAAUCACUUGAUAACAUUCUUUUGGAUCUUUACAAGAGAUGUGGUAGAUUAGAUGACCAGAUAGCACUUUUGAGGCACAAAUUGUACUUAAUUCAACAAGGCCUGGCUUUCAAUGGAAAGCGAACCAAGACUGCCAGAUCCCAGGGAAAGAAAUUCCAGGUCUCUGUGGAGCAAGAAGCGACUAGAUUACUGGGAAACUUGGGGUGGGCAUUGAUGCAGCAGAACAACUACAUCGAAGCCGAAGAUGCGUAUCGGCGGGCACUAACCAUCGCACCAGACAAUAACAAGAUGUGCAAUCUUGGUAUCUGUUUGAUGAAACAAGGAAGAAUCACCGAGGCCAAAGAGAAUCUGCGCCGUGUUAAACCCGCAGUUGCUGACGGACCAAGAGGCACAGAUUCUCAUCUCAAAGCCUACGAAAGAGCACAGCAGAUGCUCAAGGACCUUGAAUCCGAAUUGCUGAAUAAGGGAGGGGACAGAGUGGAACAAAGCAGGCUUUUCGAUGCCUUCCUAGGCUCUUCAUCCAUUUGGCAACCUCAGCCCUGCAAGGACCAUGCCAGUUUCCCUCCAACAGAAUCAACAAAAACCACCCAACAACAAGAUGAUUUUGCAGACGAGAAUAUCAAUUCCAAUUUAUUAGUGGCAAACCAGAUGGUUGUUGUUCCUCAGCAGAAGAGUGUUGUGAAGCAAGUUCCUCCACUUGCGGCAAACUCACUGAACAUUGCUGCUCAGCCAUUUUACUCAACAAAAUACAUGAAAGAUCCAGUGGCACAAGCCCCACCAGGGAAUCAAUUCCCGGAGACCCUUAAGAGAACAAGGUCCGGAAAUGAAGCGAGUUCGAUGAGACUAAUCGAUGUGGGAGAGAAGACGGCGACGGCGACGGCGACGGCGAUGGUGAUGGCAAAGCCUGUUGUGGGAUCAGGAAAUCCAGAGAAUAGUAAGGCCAGAAGGCUUUCUUUUGUGAGUGAAGAAACAGGGGACAACAACAAGAAGCUCACAGAUUUGUUGCCUGAUAACAAGGACUUUGAAGAUGCAAUAAUUGCUGCUGUUCUUGGUUCAUCAGCAAAUGAAAUCAAGAACAACAACACCUCAGGAAUCAUUCAGGGGAAGAUUGAAAAGAGGCUCAAGGUUUUCCAAGAUAUUACUCUCUCACUCAGUCCAAGGGCCUGACUCUAAUUAUUCUUUUAUUGCUUUUUUAUUUUUUUUAACUAAUUUAAUUUCAACAAGUUCUGUAGCUUUUGUUAGGGUGGGGAGAUAAACUUGUUCUCCUCUGAGUCUGCUUCUCUAAAGAGCAUUAAGUGUAUUCAAUUAAUUGUAGAAGUUCCUACGUGUAGAGAUGUAGUAGCAGAACCGGCUUAAUUUAAUUUUCUUUAUGACCUAUUAGGCCAGAAAGAGAAAAAGAAAAAAAAAAAAUUAGGCCCCUGAAUAAAAUAAAAUUAAUUAAUGUAUUUUAUA